AAACAGACUGAAAAACAAAAUUUUUACGUGGCUUGCUUGGGAACAGACGAGCAUUUUGUCUAAUUAUCCACAUUUAAUGUGAUUUUUGGUGAAUGCACCUGUGGCAAAAUUCAAUGUGAAUAGUGCAACACAUAACACACAAACGCCAAUAGACACCAAGAGCCAAAUGAACUAAUCAUCCUGCAGCAUCACUCAUUACACAGUCGGGAAAUGAUUCCAAGGAUAUAAAAGUCACAAACAAAUUCAAUUUAGUUAGACACACACACACACUCCCAAUCAUGAACAAUAUACGGAGGUCAUCACCACCGCCCCCCACAAAUUCGCAAGUGGGCGUGGGCGUUGGCAUUAAGAGUGCACGUAGCAACAUCUUCAACGUGGAUGGAUUGCCAACGUUGAUGCAGCAACAGCUGAACAUCGAUUACUCCAGCAUCAGGGGUAAAGAUGUUCUCGUCCAGCCAACAGAGGCGCAGCUGGAGCUGCUCAAGCGGCGUCUUCUCGAUCGCAUCGCGGACAGCUGUGGCGAAACCAUCUACGAGAUUGGCGUGGGCGAAGAUGGCAGCGACUGCGGAUUGAAUGCCGAUCAGUUUGAGGCUUCCGUGGAGACGCUGCGUCAGCUGGCGAAUGCCAUCGAUGCGGAUAUGGUAAAGCUACGUGAGCGACCCUCGGAGAAGGGCAAAAUCGGGCAGUUUCUGCUGCGCAAGCACAUCGAGACCACCGACUUCAUGGAGAUACGAGUUGCUGUGGUGGGCAAUGUGGAUGCCGGCAAGUCGACGCUGCUGGGCGUGCUUACGCAUGGAGAACUGGACAAUGGACGCGGCCAUGCCAGACAGCGACUGUUCCGGCACAAGCAUGAGAUUGAGAGCGGACGCACCAGCUCGGUGGGCAAUGAUAUACUCGGCUUCGAUGGCAUUGGCAAUGUGGUGAAUAAACCCGAUCAUGGCCAUCUCGACUGGGUGAAGAUAUGCGAGAAGUCCUCCAAGGUGAUCACGUUCAUCGAUUUGGCCGGACACGAGCGCUACCUGAAGACCACAGUGUUUGGCAUGACGGGACAUGCGCCGGACUUUGGCAUGCUGAUGAUUGGCGCCAAUGCUGGCAUCAUAGGCAUGACCAAAGAGCAUCUGGGACUCGCCUUGGCGCUCGCUGUGCCCGUCUUUGUGGUUGUCACCAAAAUCGACAUGUGUCCGCCCAAUGUGCUGCAGGACAAUAUGAAGCUGCUCUUCAAGAUGCUCAAAUCGCAGGGAUGCCGCAAAGUGCCGGUUGUGGUACGCAGCCAGGACGAUGUGGUUCUGAGUGCCACGAAUUUCGUUAGCGAACGCUUGUGUCCCAUCUUCCAGGUCUCGAAUGUCAACGGCGACAAUCUGGAGCUGCUCAAAAUGUUCCUCAAUCUGCUGAGCACACGCAUGGCCGGCUCCGAGCAUCUGCCGGCUGAGUUUCAAAUCGAUGAUGUCUACUCGGUGCCUGGCGUGGGAACCGUUGUCUCUGGCACUUGUCUGCAGGGCACCAUAAAGCUGAACGACAACCUCAUGUUGGGACCGAAUGCUGUGGGCAGUUUUGUGCCCAUCACCAUCAAGAGCAUUCAUCGCAAGCGAAUGAAUGUGGAGCGUGUGCGUUGCGGCCAAACGGCGAGCUUUGCGCUCAAGAAGAUCAAACGCACCUAUCUGCGGAAGGGCAUGGUGAUGGUGUCGCCAGAGCUGAAGCCACAGGCUUGCUGGGAAUUCGAGGGCGAGAUCCUGGUCCUACAUCAUCCGACAACGAUCUCAGCACGCUACCAGGCGAUGGUGCACUGCGGCAGCAUUCGCCAGACCGCCUCCAUUGUGCACAUGUCACGCGAAUGUUUGCGCACCGGCGAUAAGGCGCAUGUGAAGUUCCGUUUCAUCAAGCAACCGGAGUACAUACGCGCCGGCCAGCGUCUGGUGUUCCGCGAGGGACGCACCAAGGCGGUGGGCAACAUAUUGCGACCGAUGCCACAUGCGGCAGCAUCGCCGUAUCGCCCCAAGCCCGCAAAGAUGCAGUCGCGUGCCCACAAUGGCAACAACAGCGGCAGCAAUAGCGCCAACAAUCAGCAGCGUCACAACGGACAAGGUUCGUCAUCAGCAGCAGCAGCAGCGGGUUCAGGUGGAGCUGGUGGCAGCAAGGAGGGUAGCGAGGAGAAGCAGCAGAAUGGAGAUCGACGCGAGGGAACGCGGCGUGGUGGCAAACGGAAACGCAACAAUCGAAGCGGAGCAACUUCAACUGCAGCGGUUUCCUCAUCAUCUGCAGCUGUGGCAUCCAUCAAUGGCAAUGGUGUGAGCAGUUCCUCCAAUUCCAAUCCUGUGGAGACGACGUCGGAGCCAAUACAAAACUAGAAGCUGGCCAAACUCUGCAUUAGUUGUUAAGGCUUAAA